GCAAGAACAUUCGCACGCAACUCCCGCCCGUCGUCAUGACUCUGGUAGCUUAUCAAUAUACGUGCGGUUAACCCCCAGAAAGUGCGAUGCGACCAACAUUCAGACCGACACGUGAUGCAUCACAUGUGGCAGUAGCCGGUAAACUGGCCAGUCUUUUUUACGCACCGAUAUUCGAUUGCAAACAAGUUUAUAUCCUUAUUGCUAAUGGCUGCCGAAGUGUAGCCGGGGGCGUGAAUGACUGCUGCCUACGUAAGCGCGCACAUGAUGCCGACAGAGGUCGUGUGGCACACCCAAUUCAACCCACGUUCACCCACACUUCAUAUCCAUAACUAUGAGUUGAAGCUCGCACCGCUCACCACACUCGCACACGCUGCCACAAUGGAGCUACCGUAUCGCACACGCGUUGAGAGGUGGAUGCAAGAUCAGCCGCCACCCGCCGUCGAGGCGUCGCAAGCACAAGCGGGACAACCUGAAGCUCAAGAAGCGGCUUUCGAUAAUGGGAGUGAGGCUGACACUGUUAAAGCGCCGUCGGAGGGUACAUCCGCAUCCUACACACCCCAGUUCACCCAUGAUGAUGGAGAAGGAACCACGGAAAGCAUAGCGUCCUGCACUGCAGACCACGUCUCUGAUCGAAGUUCCGAUGAGGAAAGCGAGUUCGACGGUUUCGGUGAAGUAGAAAAUGAUGAGGAUCCAGUGGUAGGCAGUGAUUUCAGUCACUACACUGCGGAGCCCACCACAGACCCUGCCGAUGAUGAUUAUGCGGAUGACAAGCCCAUUCGUACUAAGUUUGGAGACAAGCUUCACCGCAUGAUGAACUUGCACAAGGCUGUCGGAGGUGAGCUUAGCGAUCUUCUGGAGCGUCGCUUGCAGCCAAAGGCGAUCGUAAGAGGUGUGUGGCAGACCAAGGACCUCUCCUCAUGGGGCAACCAUCUCCUGCGCGCCUACUGCCUUCUGUUCGCGCUGGACGUCACUGUCAAGGAGGUCAACGGGGUCUUGGGGUCGAUCUUCGACAGACGCAUGCUUAAUACUAAAGGCGAUCCUUCCCGCGAGGCCGCAACCAAGGCAGAGGUUCGCGAGGCAUUCGAAACGUUCAGGCAUAUGGGCAGGAACUUUGUGGAGAAGCCAGAGCCGGCUGCUCAGGGGUUGUAUUGGGCCAACUAACUGCUUCCCGUUACU